AUGGAUACUGAGGAGGGUCAGGGCUCUCAACCAGUGGGAGAUAGAUCACUAAGCUUUCCUGCAUUGAGUGUGAAAUCUAAACAGUCUCAGAAAGGGUGGAAGAGAAUAGCAGGACAAGAGGGAUUUCUGAUUGGGUUUUCUGGGGGGGUUCGGGCUCUCCGAAGCCCUAUUCUUAGGGUUCUUGCAUUGUCCAUUGGUUGUCUUAGUACAGUGAUUGAAGACUCAGAGUUUGGUGGUGCUAUGGAUACUGAGGAGGGUCAGGGCUCUCAACCAGUGGGAGAUAGAUCUCUAAGCUUUCCUGCAUUGAGUGUGAAAUCUAAACAGUCUCAGAAAGGGUGGAAGAGGAUAGCAGGACAAGAGGGUAGAAUCACCAGAGGAAAGAGAAAAAUGUGA